AUGCUCAAUGGCUUCCAUAAAAUCCGUCGUCUUCAGCAGGAACUGGCGGCGCUGACCAUUCACCUCACUUUCUUUCGACCCCUACGGCAAAUGCGUUUUGCCAAAACUUCCACCGCUUAUGCCCCAAUAUUGGACCAGUCCAAAACCGGCCAUUUCGCAAACAUGUUUCGUUCAACCCGAGUCAGUGCCAGCGCCAUCCUCUAG